AUGGGCGACAACGUCCAGGUCGCGGUGCGCGUCCGGCCCUUCAAUGAGCGCGAGCGGGGCAUGAGCAGCACGGCCUGCAUACGCAUGGUCAAGGAGACGCAGCAGACGAUCAUCACCGACCCCGAGACCAACGUCGACAAGUCGUUCACCUUCGACUUUAGCUACGACUCGUUCUCGCCACCCGACGACCCGCAGCACGCGUCUCAAGACGUCGUCUGGAACGACCUCGGGAUCAAGGUGCUCGAGCACGCGUGGACAGGCUUCAAUGUGAGUCUCUUUGCGUACGGCCAAACGGGCGCGGGCAAGUCCUUCUCGAUGGUCGGGUACGGCGACGACAAGGGCAUCAUUCCCCGCGCGUCGCAAGUCAUUUUUGAGCGCAUCACGUCCAGCGACACGGCCGAGAUCAUUUACAAAGUCGAAGCGAGCAUGAUGGAGAUUUACAACGAAAAAGUCAAAGACCUCUUCAACCCAUCUUCGGACAAUCUCAAGGUCCGCGACCACCCGAGCCAAGGACCCUACGCCGAUGGCCUCACGCGCAGCGCCGUCUCGACGUACGAAGAAAUCACCGCGCUCAUGGACGCUGGCAUCAUGGCGCGCACGACUGCGUCCACCAACAUGAACGCGACGAGCUCGCGCGCCCACACGAUCUUCCAGAUUAUCGUGACGCAGAGCCGCGUCGAUCCAACAACCAACAAAAUGACAGACAAAGUGAGUCGGAUCAAUCUGAUCGACUUGGCUGGCAGCGAGCGCGCGGCCAGCACCGGUGCGACAGGCGCGCGUCUAAAAGAAGGUGCAGCCAUCAACCAGUCCCUCUCAGCGCUUGGCAACUGCAUCUCGGCGCUCGCCGACAAUGCCAGCGGCAAGAAAAAGAUACUCGUGCCCUACCGCAACUCGAAGCUGACGCACUUGCUCAAAGACUCGCUUGGCGGCAACGCGAAAACAAUCAUGAUCGCCGCCCUUAGUCCUGCGAGCGUCAAUUACGCCGAAACGCUGAGCACCCUUCGGUAUGCGGACCGCGCCAAGCAAAUCAAAAACCAAGCCGUUGUCAAUGAAGACCCCAACCAGCUCCUGAUUCGACAACUCAAGGACGAGCUCGAACAGCUCCGAAAAGCCAUGAUUGAGAACGGCGGUUUGGACGCCUGCCCGGGCUCGCGCAUGAGCUCGCGGGACGAGGCGCAUCGGCCCGACUCGUCGGGAGGUCAAGAAAAAACAGUCGAGGCGCUACAAAAAGAGGAGGAGCUUGCUGCGAUCCGUGAGCAACUCGAGGAAAACCAGCGCCUGCUGAAAGAGAGCGAAAAGUCAUGGACCGACCGACUCAAGGAGACGGAGGAGCUGGCAAAGAAGCGCGAAGACCAGCUGCGAGCGAUUGGACUCGCGACAAACCUGCACGACAUCCGCGCCAAGGCCAAGACGGAGCCGCACUUGAUCAACCUCAACGAAGACCAGCAAAUGAGCGAAAAACUCUUCUACUUUAUUACCAUGGGGACCAACAAGGUGGGUCGAGCGGAUGCCGACGAGCCGCAAUCGAUCAUUUUGGGCGGCCUCGGGAUCCUCAAGCAACAUUGCGUCAUCGAACGCUCCGAGACGGCGCUCUGCAUUUCGAUACAGCCAGGCGCGAACGUGUAUGUGAACGGCGAGCCCGUCAAAGACGGUGACAUCCGCGAGUUUGCCCACAACGACCGCGUCAUCCUGGGCAAUGCCAACGUCCUUCGGGUGGUCAUUCCAAGCGCACGCGUCGAGCCCGCACUGGACGAAACGAGCUAUGAUUGGCAGUUUGCCAUGAAGGAGCUCAACUGCAAGCAAAUGGAUCUAAAAGAAGACAAGGGCCAGACCGAGAAAGAGCUUGCGGACAUGGAGCAGCGCAUCAAAGACAUGGAAGAGCGGAUGCGCGAAGAGCGCGAUGCGGCCGAGCGCAAGGUCCAAAAGCAAAAGGACGAAUGGGACGCGCACGUGAAGAAGAUGCAAGACGACAUGAAGCUUCAGGAGGCCAACCUGAAGCUCCAGUUGCAGCAGUCCGAAGAGGGCGGCAACGUCGAUAAGAAGAAACUUGCGACGCAGCUCGCCGAACAAGAGACCAAACUCGCCGAAGAAAUGGCCAAGGCCGAAGUUGCGUACGAAAAGAAACAGCUCGAGCUUGUCGAGAAGCAGCGCGCGCUGGAAAAGAGCCUCCAGCUACAAAUGCUCGAGACCAAGCUUCUCGCUGAAAAGAAGGAACGCGAGCAGGCCGAGCGUGCGCUCCUCUCGCAAGAGCUUCUGCAUACGAUCCCUCUCGUGAAGGAAGCCAACAUGAUCAGUGACGAGCUCCAAAAGCACGUUGGGUUUGCCGUCAAAUUGCUCCCGACAAAGCCCAACUUACACAGCGCGGCAGCGCUCGCAGAUUCGAUUGGCACGGAAAUCAAAAUCCAAGUCUCGUUUCAAGACGCCGGCACGUACCGCACCGUGCUCUGGGACAUUGAGAAAUUCAACAACAUGAUCUACGAGAUGCGCGAGCUCUACCAGGUAUUUAUUGAGCGCGGUCGCGUGCUCGAGGCUGUCCACGUGCCCGACGGCGGGGUCGACCCGUUUUACGAGCCGCCGAGCCCGCAGCUCAUUGGCCGGUCGUACAUCUUUUUAAGUAGCCUCGUCUACGGCCUCAAGAUUGCAGAUACCUUGCCGAUUCUGGACUCGCGCGGUGCCGUGUGUGGGAAGCUCAUUGUUGAGAUCACACCCACGGUCUUGACCCACGCGUGGCAGGAGCACCAGCGCAACGUGAUUGCUGCCGGGGGCGAGAUCGUCCCGGUACCGACACUGCGGUCGUUCCUGGAUUCAAACCUUCGCGUGCACUUUACCGUCGUGUCGCUCACCGGCAUUCCCGGAAAGCUCUGCCGCGAUGUCUUUGUCGCUUACAAGUGGUUUCAAGACGAGACGAACCAUGUCUCGGAGGUCUCCGCGACGCCGUCCGUGGACCCGCAGCUCAACUUUGUCGAGUGCCUCGAGACGCCGAUUUCGGACGAGCUCGUGACGUACCUCGAGUCGACGCCGGUCGAGGUAUCCGUCUUUGGGAACGUACCGAGCAGUUCGCUCAAGACGCUGCCGCACGAAGUGCUGUCGCUUGAAGAGAAGAGUGGGAAGAAGGAAGUGGCCGAGUCGUCGGUCGAGCUGCUGCAAGACUCGCUGCACUCGGCGCAAAUGCGCAUGGAGAUGCAGGAGAAGCUCCUCGUCGACAACUCGAUGGAGCUCGAGCACCACCACAUUGAAGUCGACGGUCUUCGCUCGAGUCUCGCGACGGUCCAAGCCGAGCGCGACCAGCUCCUCGAGCUCGUCUCGCAGCUUCAAAAAACGAACCGAAACAUGAAAGAGCAGCUCGGCGCCCGCGUCUUCGAGUCCGAGUCAGCGCCAGUGCAAAAUGCACCAAGCAAUACGGCUGAUGUGACGAGUGCGAGCUGCCAGACCGACGACGAGCUCCUUGCGCCCGACGACGGCCACAAGCACCGGCGAGAACACCACCGGAAGCGCAAGAAAAAGGUCGUUGCGCUCGAGACCUCGGACGGUACGAGCAGUGCGUUCGACAAUCUUGCGAUGGAAGGAUCGCCCGUCGAGCCGUCCGAGCCGUCGAGUAUGGAUUGUACCGAGUCGGACAUUGAGAAGCCACCACCUAGCGUUCCAGAGCUACCACCGGUCGCCGCCCUAGCACCCGAGGUCGAGCUACCUGCACCCGUAGCGGACUACGCACCACCAUCUAAUGGAGGAGUGGCAGAGACAUCUCAAAGCAAACCGAGGGGCUCGGUCGUCGCCAAGAGCACCGCCAAGGUCCACGUUCUCAACGAAGUACCGUCUGCGCCGUCGAGCCAUUCGGUGAACGAAAAACCGCAUGUGGACACGGUCAUUGCGACCCAGAAGGGCAAGGAGAAAGGCAAGUGCGUCGUUCAAUAACAGUCAACUAACUUAUUCUCGAAUCGUAUUU